AUGCCUGCGCCUGGUCGAAAGAGAGGCGCUGCAAAUGCAGCCAGCGCGACUACGGCCUCCCCCGGCCAGAAGAGACUGAAGACCGAGACCGACCCGAGUAGGACUCCGGAUCAGUCGCAGCAACAAGCUCAUCUUCAUAACGCACAACAGGGGCACCAACUUCCACCUCCACCUCAGCAGUACCACCAUGCUCAACAUUACGGUGCAAGUCACGCAACCUCUGCGAAUUUGUAUGGCGACCACGCCCAGGCUGUUGCAUCUGGUGGUGGCAUGGGUGCUCUAGAUCCUCAACCAUCCAACAAUUUCGCCUACCAUUCACAGACUCAAGUCCAGCAACCAAGAUACGCUUCACAGUCAUAUACAGCAGCUCCCGUUGCCCCUUCUACCGGUAUGCCAGCUCCAGCAAUGAAUGGUGCUAUCCACUCUCCAUAUGCUUCGACUCCAAUACAAGCACCAUCAAGUACACCUCAGCCCAAACAAACUUCGGGAUCAUCUGGUGGCAGUCAAGAUCUUCCCCCAAACCCAAGAAUCCGGACUGAUGGGAAAGGGAGGGACCCUUAUAACAUCGAAACCAUCUGCAAACAGCUCGGGAUUUCGACGACAGUAUGGGAUCAGAAAUUAAGAACCGAACUUACGAAAGUUAUUGACAGGCAUGGACUUGCUGGUCAGAAGGUUAUACCGACCAAUCUUACGGCCCGCGAGUCCGCUGUCGACGAAUGGAUCCGUAACUGUCCAGAAUGGUUGAAUGAGCCAAACGACAAAUACCGUAAAAUAUAUGCUAUGGACCGAUUGAAAUGCGGGAUGGCUGAUAUCCGCCGCACACAAAACCAACGAAGCAAAAGGACCCAGCGCGCAAAUGAGGGAAAUGCUGGAGCGGACGAGCCAGAAGAGACAAAAGAAGAGCCUGGCACAGCCUCCCCUGAGCAGCAGAUACCAACCCAGCGUGCCAUCGGAAGUGUUUCACAGGAGACACCAGCACCAAUGCAAACGCCAGUGCCACCUUCCGCUACCAUUCCACAGUUUCCAAACGAGCAGAGAACUAUUGCUGGCACGGGACCCAUAAACAUGAUUGGAAGCACUUCUCCUGGCCAGUCGAUCGCACCCCCACUGCCGAGCAGCCAGCCACCUGCUCCCCCAACGCCUUAUCCUAUUAUAUACCCAAAUAAUCCACCAAUUACCCCUGUCUCGAUCGUCUUGACGAUUAUGGAAUCUUUCUCUGACCGACGAUGCACUGCGGUCGCAGAAGAUUUUAUGCCAAAUGGCACUUACAGCUGGGCAAGUCUUGCAAAAGUUCUCCGCGAAGACUUAGGGUUCAACGUUCAUACCCAUCGAUUGUAUUAUGAAGGUCCUUACGGCCGAGUUUUUGUGACGAGCGAUCGUACUCUUCGCAAUGGAAUCUCGCUGGAAGCGUCUCGAGGACAAGGCUACCCUAAGUGGGAGAUAGAACAAUAA